CGCUCGCUCGCUCUGCCCAACCAGUGGCGAUCCGACUUCCACCCUGCUGGCUGCAGCCUGCGCCUAGCUCUUUGUCCCUGCAAGCAACCGCAUUUUGCCCUUGAGUGAGUGAUUUCUGUGCUCAGUGUGUUUGUUCGUGGUGAUGGUGGUGCCAAACUGAUGCCCGAUUGCCCGGGCGCAAGCAGGAUUUACUCGGACCGCAGCGACUGCCGCCCGCCGACACGGAUCGAGACAGAAAUCUGAAACUAAGGAUGUUCGCUUCAGCGUCCUCUUUGCCAGCGAGGGAAGAAAGGCCCAACCACGAUGCGCAAUCAAAGUUAUCAUCAAACUAGCGUUUCACCCCGAGGAUGAGAAUAUUAUUUAGCUAAGAAAAUGGACCCCUCACUGAGCAAUCUUGGAGAUGCGCUGGCGUCCACGCACACCACUUACAGCGGGUGCACCGACAUGGACCUGGUGCUUGGAGACUGCAUGGAACGAUUGGGAACACGUUUGAGUAUUUUAGAGACCGAGUUAAAGUACGCAUGGAGAGCUUUAGAUUUAUUAUCACAAGAGUACCUCAGAAUGUGGGAGCGGCUGGAAAAGUUGGAAGGGUUGCUGUACGAGCAGCAGGCCGUGAUAUCACAGCUGCUCGAGUUCUACUCGACGAGCGGGUCGGCCGAGGAGCCGCCUCCGAAAACAUCGGCGCUUCUGCAGCUAACGGCCGACGAGGCGCCUCCGCAAGAGGUGGGCGAGGACGUGGUUGCCAGUUUGCAGGGUGGCACGGAGUCGAGCAACGCGAGUUCGGCCGCCGAGUCGCCCGACUUGCGGCAGUUGCUCGCGGGACCGCUCGCCAGCACCGGCAACGAAAGUCUCGACGCCUUGCUGAAAAGCCAGGCUGACGAGGCCUUUUACAGAAGCCUAAACACUGCUCACAGAGAAGAUUUGACUCAGCCGCAGAUUACUAUCUCGAAUACUGAGCAGCCUCUGGGCAUGAUUUGGGAGGCUGACGAAGGCACUAUGGAGGACGCGGCGGCGGCGGCGGUGGCGGAGAAAAUUAAAGAGAUAUCAAUGGAAAUACCAACUAUCGUCACGUCUGGCUCACCGCGAAUGGAAGAGGGCGAGGGAGAGGAGGAAGACGAAGAAAUCAGGACUAGGGAAGAAGCUGUGUUCAGUUCAUUAGAUUAUAAGGAUUACCGUGGCAACGCACCGUGCGUCGACGAUAAAGAUCUCGCCAAUCUGACCGAGUUAAGUGCGAUAGAUCAAGUUACUCUGGCCAAAAUCAAUGAGCUCGAUCGACUAACCAGCAAAUUGCAGCAGGAUUCUGCAAAUUUGAAAGAACUGCAAAGCAAGUUGAUGGAGAAUCCCGAAAAGUUUGUACAAGAAGUUCCUUUAGGCUCGGCUGGACUGGAUAUGGAGGCGAUUAGAAGCAAAACUUCGGAUAGCAUCGUGGACCAGACCCUGAGACAACUGUACGUUGCUUCGGAAUUAGAUAGUUGGAGCUAUUCAAAUUUGAACCCCAACAACAACGGCAUGCUCUCGAGACCGAGCUCGAGACUUUCUUCCGUCAGUGGAGCGACGGAUCCGGAAAUCGCUGCUGUUUUAGGUUCGCCGAGUAGAGGUUUAGGGUCCACGAUGAAUGCGUCCCUUUACGAUAACAAAUCUCCCACUGGUUCGCUCAGAUCGAGAAAGGAUUACAUGUCAUCGCCGCGAAUGAGAACUCCUGAAGACCUGUCCGAAUUAAAGUCGGAUCCGUUGAGUCCCACGUCGCCGCCACCUCCUCCGGCUCCACCUGAUAAUGGAAAGUUCGGUCUCGGCUCAUCGCUUUCACUAACAAACUCAAUGUCAAUUAUUAACUCGCUUACUGCCCCACAAGAUAGUAGAGAUGUUCUCAGUCCUAAUUCCCCACGUUCUCCGAAAUCGCCCCGUUUAUCGCCAAAGAGUCAACAUUAUUCGACCAAGCCUGAAUCGGCAGCAUCUAGGCUGGGCCUGAUCGGCCACGGAACUGCCAAAUCCGAUUCUGGACUUUCAUCGCUUAGUAGUUGGUCAGGUAUAGAAAAGUCUCCAUCGUCACCAAGAAGUAGAAGUGAAAUAAUGAUAGGUCGAAUUUCUCCUCGACAUCAAAGCCAUCUUGUUCAUCAUCACGCAGACGCUUCAAACUAUCUGACUAGCUCCUCGCUUCUGACCCAUUUACAAAACAAAAACGCUUCGUCUCAUCAAAAAAUAAGUGGUUCGUCGUUAAUAGGUAACCAGUACUUGCCUGCAGCAGAAAACGUCGGUGCCAGUCCGAAACACCGAUUUAGAACGGCUUCUCCUUUCAGUGAAUAUCUCUUAAGAGCCGACGCCAACGAGAGUUCCCUCUACUCGGUGGCCGGCAGCAACACAACCCUGACCUACUCCACCCUCUACACGAGAGGGUCCAGUGCUUCGACCACCUACUCGACAUAUUCGUCCCCCAAACUGCCCAAACCGGACAUCACCGCACACACCUCCAACGCCCUCCCCGUACAAACCCCUCCGAGCCCAGCUUCGAGCCACAGAGUAGCGAGUAGUUCAAUUGCGGAUAUGGACGAAUACAGAACUGCUAUGUAUCGCACAAUGUUCCCGACUGGUAAUAUUACGGACGCACUUUCUUACUAUCCCACGCAGAGCACCAGCCCGAGGUAUGAUUACGUGUCGACGAGUGUGCUGCCAUCUGCCCAGAGAUCGGGCAGAAUUAAUUUAACGCCAAGUCCAGGAGACACAUCAAGCUCAAUAAAGUCGGUUGAGUCUGCGAGGUACGCUGAUGCUCACUACAUGCCGCCAUCCUAUCCUAUCGAGGCCAAGAGAUACCAGACGCAGCCCCCUCCACCUCCUGCCCCAUCUGGCAUUUAUGAUGAUGACCGAUACCGAGAUGCUCACCGAGAUUCUCAAAGAACUGACAGGUCGCUUCUAGAAUCUGAUGCCAAGUGGAGAAUGAAGGCUCAACGACAGCUGAAGGCUCAGCAGUCGGUAGAUCAAAGUGCAAUGCCUCAGCAGUUCAUUGACUCGUCAGGUGUGAUAGUUUCGCAAUCUGGUUACAUAUCAAUCUCCCAAGAUAUCAAAGGGUCUGCCAGCACGACGGAGAGCAAGCCAUCGAAAAGAACUAGUAGAAGAACGACACUGAAAACCGCCAUGAGCACAGUGAGCAACUGGAUACCAGAUUUGCACUUGACCAUGAAGCGAAGCAGGUCCCAUUCACUGCCAAGUGGCGUGGAGAACGACGAGGAAGACGCAGUGCAGAAACAACAGCGGCCAUCUACUUCGUCUUCCAUAUUUUCCCUUCCAAGAAAACGGAGAAAAAAUACCAUGCUCUCCACGGUAUCGGGAAUUUUAUUAAAAGCCAAACGAAGAGGUCGCAAGUCAGUGUCGUCAUACUCGGACGGUGAACAGUCUGAAUCUGAUUGGUCAACGAAAUACAGUAGCGGCGCCCCAUCAGACCAAGAGAGUGAAGAAGAUGCUGAAGUUCAUUUUGCUCGAGUAUCGAUGAAGAAAAAUGUACCGCAGCAGCAGCAACAACAGCAGCAACAACAACAACAACAACAGCAGCCAGCACAAAAUCAAAGUUCAAUGCCGAGAAAUGAGUCUGAAACAAAUUUAAGUGAAAAGGAAGACUCGGAUCCCUUCGCAGAUUUGCCUGAUGAGGAAACUGCAAAGGAAAUAUUCGCAACAGUUGGGGACAUCAAACGAAAUUCAAUAGAAGAUAAGGCUGAGGAAUCGAUCCAGUUACCAACUGUGCCAAUUGGAGGCGCUUCUCGAGAAUUCGCAGUGUCAAGAGCGCUAGGGAAAUACCGCCAACGCAAUUCGUCUGCCUCUGCUUCUGAAGAGCAAAUCGGUUCAGGGGAGGAGUCCAAUUGGGCACUCUCCACUGCUGCACCCUCAGGAGGUUCUGGUGAUGAAGUUUCAUCGGGAGGGCACUCAGGAAAGGAAGACAAACCGAAAGAAGAUGAGCCAGUUCCAACUAUAGAGACGCAAGUAUCAGAGCCUUCACCGCAAGCAGCGCCAACGCUGUCAUUUAAUCAUGAAGAUAAUCAAAUUUUCAAUCAAAAUACCUUCCAAGACGUUGAAAAUAAUUUCAAUUCGGUUUUUCAAACUAUGGAGCAGUUGCAAAGCAGCAACCAAUUCCAAACUAUGCGAGGUCCAAGUACAAGAAUGAUUAUGAGGCACCAGGCGAGCCUUGAAAUACCUAAUUUACGGAGCUCGCUUGAAGAUGAUGACAAUCGAAGUACGCAUUCAUAUCGAAGCACGUCUCGAGUGUCUUCUAGAAGACAGAGCACAGAGGAGAGCAUUGACAGCGAAGACGAAUGGUAUUGCUACGAGCUGAGAAAGCUCGAAGAAAUGGAGAGGCAGAAUGACGAAGACUUAUCCAGGGAUCAAAUGGCGCUCGAACCGGACGACAAAGUGAAAGCGAAAAUGUCGUUUGUUCUGCAAGAACUGAAACAAAAGGCCGACAGUGACCCCAAGCUGAAAAUUCGAGAUGCCAAUUCCUUUGAAGACGACAACACUUCCUCGGUGAAAUCAGUAGAGUCGGCCUUUUUUUCCGGAGGCAGCGACAGUCUGGCGGGCCAAGCCCCUAUUCAGUUUCAAGCCACUCCCGUUCACUCCGCUAGACCCCAAAACCAGCACUCUGAAACCGGAAGCGAAUUCAGUUCAGAAUCCGCAUUCACCUCGGAAAAGGAUCGACGGCCGAGCACGACGUCGUACCCAGAGGUCGAGGAAGAAGAGCACGACGACGCCUCUUCAGGCUCGACGAGCGGCCCGGACAGUCCUCACCACAGCUCAGAGGAGUACUCCGAGCACGAUGUUGGCCGCUCCAGAGUCAGCUCGAAUGCCAGUACGCUGAGGAGGCCGCUCGACACCAUCAGCGUGGCUCCGAGUGAACCACCAGAGCCUUGCGGUUCAUUGUCAGGCUCUGUGCAAGCGCUUCCAACCUCGUUCAGGGACAGAGCAGACAGCACGGUGACCAUGACUUCGUCGAUAGCCGCACGACUUCGAUCGGAAAGCAUCAGUGAAGAAGGCGGGAAAGGAGAAGGCAGCAAAUGGAAACUUUUAAAAGCUCUGAAGGAGAGGAAAGCGGAGGACAAAAUCAAUCAAGAGGCGGCCUCGCAGGCCAGUCUAACGAUUGAUUCACCAAAAACCGAAUCGAAUGGCGCCGGUGUUGGUGGUGACAGCGGAGGACGUGCCAAUGGGCACCCCGGAGACAAUCCGUUCUACAGCAACAUCGACAGCAUGCCUGACAUCCGCCCGCGCAGGAAAUCCAUCCCACUCGUCUCCGAGCUGACAAUGGCAGCGACAAAACGCAACGCCGGACUGACCUCGGCCUUGCCUCGAGCCACCUUAAACGACGAAGAGCUGUCAGCCCGUAUACCUUUGGAGCAGAAAAUGCACGUGUACAAGAAGACGCUGCAGGCGCUCAUCUACCCGAUCUCGAGCACCACGCCGCACAACUUUGUCCUGUGGACGGCCACCUCGCCCACCUACUGCUACGAGUGCGAGGGGCUCCUGUGGGGCAUCGCCCGCCAAGGGGUCCGCUGCACCGAGUGCGGCGUCAAGUGCCACGAGAAGUGCAAGGACCUCCUCAACGCCGACUGCUUGCAGAGGACUGAUUCAAAUACCACUGAACCAGGGGCGGCCGAAAAGAGUUCCAAGCACGGCGCCGAAGACAAAGCAAAUUCCAUCAUCACGGCCAUGAAGGAGCGCAUGAAGCAGCGCGAAAGGGAAAAGCCUGAAAUAUUUGAGCUUAUUAGAGCCGUUUUCGGAGUCGAGGAAAAGAGCCACAUCGGUCACAUGAAAGCGGUGAAGCAGUCGGUUCUUGAUGGCACGAGCAAGUGGUCGGCAAAGAUUGCCAUCACAGUAAUUUGCGCACAAGGCCUGAUUGCGAAGGACAAGAGCGGCACCUCAGACCCUUACGUCACAGUACAAGUAGGCAAGGUUAAGAAAAGAACACGCACAAUGCCGCAAGAACUGAAUCCGGUGUGGAGCGAGAAGUUCUAUUUCGAGUGCCACAACUCGUCGGACCGCAUCAAGGUGCGCGUUUGGGACGAGGACAACGACCUCAAGUCCAAGCUGCGCCAAAAACUGACCAGGGAGUCGGACGACUUUCUCGGGCAGACCAUAAUCGAGGUGCGCACGCUGUCCGGCGAGAUGGACGUGUGGUACAACUUGGAAAAGCGGACGGACAAGUCGGCCGUCUCGGGCGCAAUCAGACUGCACAUCAGCGUCGAAAUCAAGGGAGAGGAAAAGGUGGCGCCAUAUCACGUCCAGUACACGUGUCUUCACGAAAACCUGUUCCACUCUUUGUGCGAGAGCAACGGGGGCGUUGUGAAUCUACCUCAAGUGAAGGGUGACGACGCCUGGAAGGUGUACUUUGACGAAGCUGCUCAGGACAUUGUAGACGAAUUCGCCAUGCGUUACGGCAUAGAGUCCAUUUAUCAAGCCAUGACGCACUUCCACUGCCUGUCGACCAAGUACCUGUGCCCAGGUGUCCCGGCUGUGAUGAGCACCCUGCUCGCCAACAUAAACGCCUACUACGCACACACGACGGCGUCGAGCGCCGUGUCUGCCAGCGACCGUUUCGCCGCCUCCAACUUCGGCAAGGAGAAGUUCGUCAAACUGCUGGACCAGCUGCACAACUCGCUGCGCAUUGACCUCUCCAUGUACAGAAACAAUUUCCCCGCCUCCAGCAAGGAGAAACUGAUGGAUUUGAAAUCCACGGUUGACCUGCUGACUUCCAUUACUUUCUUCAGAAUGAAGGUUCAAGAGUUAUCCAGUCCUCCGAGAGCGAGUAUUGUGGUGAAAGAUUGUGUGAAAGCAUGCCUCCGUUCCACUUACCAGUUCCUCUUUGAGAACUGUUACGAGCUUUACAAUAGAGAAUUCCAAGUUGAUCCAAAUGAAAUCAAAAAAGACUCGGAAGACAAUGGGCCAAGAUUGGACAGUCUCGACUUUUGGCACAAAUUAACUGCACUCAUAGUAUCUGUGAUCGAGGAAGACAGAAAUAGCUACGCGCCUGUGCUGAAUCAGUUCCCUCAAGAGCUCAACAUCGGACAGCUUUCUGCUGCUACGAUGUGGAGUUUAUUCGCUAUGGACAUGAAAUACGCGUUAGAGGAGCAUGAGCAGCAUAGAUUAUGCAAAUCUUCAGCGUACAUGAAUUUACACUUCAAAGUGAAAUGGCUGUACACCAACUAUGUCAAGGAUGUGCCGCCGUACAAAGGAGCAGUGCCUGAAUAUCCAGCGUGGUUCGAGCCGUUUGUCAUGCAGUGGCUCAAUGAAAACGAUGACGUUUCUCUUGAAUACCUGCACGGCGCCUACAAGAGAGAUCUCAAAGACGGCUUCCAGCGCAGCAGCGAGCACUCGUUGUUCUCGUGCUCGGUGGUUGAUGUGUUCACGCAGCUGACGCAGUGCUUCGACGUCGUGUCCAAGCUCGAGUGUCCCGACCCGGAGAUCUGGAAGCGGUACAUGAAACGGUUCGCCAAGACAAUCGUCAAGGUGCUGGUGGCGUACGCCGAGAUCGUCAAGGCCGACUUCCCGAACCACGUGCAGGACGAACGCGUGGCGUGCAUCUUGAUGAACAACAUCCAGCAGCUGCGCGUGCAGCUCGAGAAGAUGUUCGAGUCGAUGGGCGGCGAGAAGCUGGAGCAGGACGCAGCCAACAUCCUCAACGACCUGCAGAACACGCUCAACUCGGCGCUCGACGACCUGGCCAUGCUGUUCGCCGUCAGCUUGGAGAACAGGAUCACCGUCAGUGUGAGGGAGCUCGGCGACCUGCUGCUCUCGGUCAAGGGCGGCGGACAGGUGCAGCCUUCGCAGCGCAACGCUGUCGCAGCUGAAGCGGACGAGGUCCUCAGACCACUCAUGGACUUGCUCGACGGCUCGCUGUCCUUGUACGCACAGUCGUGUGAAAAGACUGUUCUGAAGCGGUUGCUGAAGGAGCUUUGGAAGAUUGUGAUGCGAAUUCUGGAGAAGACGGUUGUGCUCCCACCAAUGACUGACAAGAGCAUGAUGCUUAAAAACCUGAAGGACAAUGCGAAGAAUUUGGCAGCUAAUGCAAAAAUCGAAGACAUGUCCAGAUUAUUUAAGAACCACAUGGCCGGCAAACAAGACGUGAAAAACGCGCUUAGCGGCGUAAUUGAGGUGGAAAAGAACUUGUCGCCGAAGCAGUGCGCAGUGUUGGAAGCAGCGCUGGACACGAUAAAACAGUACUUCCACGCCGGUGGAAACGGGCUCAAGAAGAAUUUCCUGGAGAAGAGCGCAGAGCUGCAGUCGCUGAGAUAUGCUUUGUCCUUGUACACGCAGACAACGGACGCCCUUAUUAAGACUUUUGUCCAAACGCAGACCAAUCAAGUUUCAUUGAACCAGAAAAAGAAUUUGAAACAACGCUCAGUCUCUGUUGACCGAGAGGCAGCAGAGGACGGCAAUCUUGAGGAACCCCUCAAGUCAAGGAGGCCUAAAGAAAACGUCGAAGACAUCCCAGAUGAGGGCAGUGUAGGCGAGGUGUCCGUCCAAGUCGAUCUUUUUAAACACCCUGGCACUGGAGAACACAAGGUCACAGUCAAAGUUGUUGCCGCGAAUGACCUCAAGUGGGUGAUUCAGUCAGGAAUGUUCCGACCGUUUGUCGAAACGAACCUGAUUGGACCUCACCUGGCCGACAAGAAGAGGAAGCAGGCGACCAAAUCAAAAUCCAACAGCUGGUCUCCGAAAUUCAACGAAUCGUUCCACUUCAUGAUCGGCAACGAGGAGCAGCUUGAUUACUUUGAGCUUCACAUUUGUAUUAAAGACUACUGCUUUGCCAGAGACGACCGACUGGUUGGUGUAGCCGUCUUGCAACUGAAGGACAUUGUGGAGCAGGGCUCGUGCGCCUGUUGGCUGUCACUGGGGAAGCGCAUCCAGAUGGACGAGACCGGCUGGACCAUCUUGCGGAUUCUGUCGCAACGCAGCAACGACGAGGUGGCGAAGGAGUUCGUCAAACUCAAGUCGGACAUUCGCCAGGAAGAGCCGAUCGUGAACGCGCCUUAAAGUAGCUCAAACCAAAGUCUUCGAGGCCACCGAAUCUGUUGUGUGGGGGUCGAGUAAAUAGCCACUAAUGAAAACCGCACUGCGUCAAAAAGCCGCAUUGCCGAGACAAAGAUUGAAAAUUUCCAACAAGAACUGCCGUAAUAACAACUCUCCUCUGUUUUGUUCCGUGGAGACGUUUCAGUGUAAGAAUUGGUACACAAGCCUGCGAUUUGAUUUGCAAUACAGACACUUUUUGUUAA